GGUAACGGCGGCUCCACGGCUCCCGCGUCCUCCUCCAUGUCCCCGCCUUCUCCCGCUGUGGCCCGCCCCGUCUCCUCCUCCCUCCGCAGCCUCAGCUGCGGCCGUCUCGCCUGGCCCCGGGUGCCGGCCGCGAGCGGGACCCGCGGAGCCCUCGACGCCCCCGCCCGGCGCGGGCUUAGCUGCAGGCGAGAGCGGGCCCGACCCCGGGGCGCCGCCGCUGGACCCCAGGCGUCCGCCCCGCGCCCUUGUCCCUGCGGCUCCUGGCCGGCGGGACCGCCCCGUCCCUGGAAGGGGGUGACCGCGGGGGUCGCGGGCGGGAGGGCGCCUGCGGCUGAGGCUGGGGGGCGCCGGGUGUCGGGCUGGGGAGCGGCCGCCCCGGCUCUUGCCUCCCAGACGUCGCCGCUCCGCGGGCCUCCCCCCGAGCGCGGGGACAGGUGCCCCGGCCGGGGUCUGUGGGGAAGAUGGCGACCCCGGGCAUGAGCUGGCAGCAGCACUAUUACGGCGGCUCGGCCGCCGGGGCGGCCAAAUUCGCGCCCUCGCCGACCGCCGCGCAGCUGGCUGGGCACAGCAUGGACUACAGCCAGGACAUGCACAUGAAAAUGAGCAAGAAGAUCGCCCAGCUCACCAAGGUAAUAUAUGCUUUGAACACUAAAAAUGAUGAGCAUGAAUCUGCAAUUCAAGCCCUCAAAGAUGCUCAUGAAGAAGAAAUCCAACAAAUUCUUGCAGAAACAAGAGAAAAAAUAUUGCAAUAUAAAAGCAAAGUGACAGAGGAGUUAGACCUUAAGAGAAAGAUUCAAGUUUUAGAAGCAUCAUUAGAAGAUCACAUAAAAAUGAAGCAGCAGGCUUUGACAGAAUUUGAAGCUUAUAAGCACAGAGUUGAGGACAUGCAACUCUGUGCAGAAGCCCAGCACGUCCAACGCAUAGUGACCAUGUCUAGAGAGGUUGAAGAGAUUAGAAGGAAAUUCGAAGAAAGAUUACGGAGCUUUGGACAACUCCAAGUACAGUUUGAGAAAGACAAAAGAUUGGCAUUUGAAGAUUUGCAAACUGCUCACAGACAGGAGAUCCAAGAGCUAUUGAAGUCACAGCAGGAUCACAACUCCUCAGUCAAUAAAGGGCAGGAGAAGGCAGAGGAACUGCACAGACUGGAGGUGGAGACCUUAAACAAAACACUUGAAGAGCUUAGGCUUGAACAGAAAAAACUAAUUGAGGAUUAUGAAGGCAAGUUGAAUAAAGCUCAGUCCUUUUAUGAACGUGAGCUUGAUACUUUGAAAAGGUCACAGCUUUUUACAGCGGAAAGCCUACAGGCCAGCAAAGAAAAGGAAGCUGAUCUUAGAAAAGAAUUUCAAGGACAAGAAGCAAUUUUAAGAAAAACCAUAGGAAAAUUAAAGACGGAGUUACAGAUGGUACAGGAUGAAGCUGGAAGUCUUCUCGACAAAUGCCAAAAGCUUGAGAUGGCACUUGCUACAGCAGAGAGCAAUGUUCAGGUUCUUCAAAAACAGCUUGAUGAAGCCAAGGAGGGAGAAAUGGCCUUAUUAAGCAAGCACAAAGAAGUGGAAAGUGAGCUAGCAGCUGCCAGAGAACGUUUACAACAGCAAGCUUCAGAUCUUGUCCUCAAAGCUAGUCACAUUGGAAUGCUUCAAGCAACUCAGAUGACCCAGGAGGUUACAAUUAAAGACUUAGAAUCAGAAAAAUCGAGAGCAAAUGAGAGGUUAUCUCAACUUGAAGAAGAAAGAGCUUUUUUGCAAAGCAGAACUCAAAGUCUGGAUGAAGAGCAGAAGCAGCACAUUCUGGAACUGGAGAAGAAAGUAAGUGAAACAAAGAGAACUCAGCAAGAAUAUUAUGAAAUGGAGCUAAAAAACCUGCAAAAUAGAUUGGAAGAGGAGGUGACUCAAUUAAACGAGGCACAUUCUAAGACUUUGGAAGAAUUAGCUUGGAAGCACCAUAUGGCAAUUGAGGCUGUCCACAGUAAUGCAAUUAGGGAUAAGAAAAAGCUGCAAAUGGAAUUGGAGGAACAACAUAAAAAGGAGAAACUAAACCUGGAAGAAGAUAAAAAUCAUCUUCAACAAGAGCUAGAAAACCUGAAGAAAGUACUGGAAGAUAAGUUGAAUACAGCCAAUCAAGAGAUUGGCCGCCUCCAAGAUCUGGUAAGGAAAGGUGAACAAGGUCUUGGCUCUGCAGAAGGACUUAUUGCGAGUCUUCAGGACUCCCAAGAAAGGCUUCAGAAUGAGCUUGACUUGACUAAAGGCAGGCUAAAGGAGACCAAGGAUGCUCUACUAAAUGUGGAGGGUGAGCUAGAACAAGAAAGGCAACAGCAUGAAGAAACACUUGCAACCAUGAAAGAAGAAGAGAAGCUCAGAGUGGACAAAAUGGCCCAUGAGUUAGAAAUCAAGUGGACUGAAAAUCUUAGACAAGAGUGUUCUAAACUUCGUGAAGAGUUAAGGCUUCAGCAUGAAGAGGAUAAGAAGUCAGCGAUGUCUCAACUUUUGCAGUUAAAAGAGAGAGAGAAAAAUGCAGCUAGAGAUUCAUGGCAGAAGAAAGUAGAAGAUCUCUUAAACCAGAUUUCCUUGCUGAAACAGAAUUUGGAGAUUCAACUUUCCCAGUCUCAGACUUCUUUGCAGCAACUGCAAGCCCAAUUCACACAAGAACGACAGCGGCUUACACAAGAGCUUGAAGAAUUAGAAGAACAACAUCAACAAAGACAUAAAUCCUUAAAAGAAGCACAUGUCCUUGCAUUUCAAACUAUGGAAGAAGAAAAGGAAAAGGAACAAAGAGCUCUAGAAAAUCAUUUACAACAAAAACAUUCUGCAGAGCUUCAGUCAUUAAAAGAUGCACACAGAGAGUCAAUGGAGGGCUUCCGGAUAGAAAUGGAACAGGAACUUCAGACUCUUCGGUUUGAAUUGGAAGAUGAAGGAAAGGCUAUGCUUGCUUCCCUACGCUCAGAACUAAACCAUCAACAUGCAGCUGCAAUUGAUUUGUUACGGCACAGUCAUCAUCAAGAAUUGGCAGCUGCUAAAAUGGAACUGGAGAGAAGCAUAGACAUCAGUAGAAGACAGGUAAAAGAGGAUAAUAAAUUUUACCAGCUGGAAUUAGUCAAUCGAGAAACUAACUUCAACAAAGUGUUUAACUCAAGUCCUACUGUUGGUGUUAUUAAUCCAUUGACUAAGCAAAAGAAGAAGAAUGAUAAAUCACCAACAAACAGGUUUGUGAGUGUUCCCAAUCUAAGUGCUCUGGAAUCCGGUGGAGUGGGCAAUGGACAUCCUAACCGCCUGGAUCCCAUUCCUAAUUCUCCAGUGCACGACAUUGAGUUCAACAGCAGCAAACCUCUUCCACAGCCAGUGCCACCCAAAGAGCCCAAGACAUUUUUGAGUCCUCCUCAGAGUGAAGCUUCCCCGGUGGCUUCUCCAGAUCCCCAGCGCCAGGAGUGGUUUGCCCGGUACUUCACAUUCUGAAAGAAUUGUGUUGGCACAGCUCUGUGUGGACUGUUACUAAGAGCAUGACUUUAUACAACUCAUUAUGUGAACAGGCUUUCCUAUGUCAAACACUGUGAAUGAGAAAGUAUUUGUCUCUCCAAUUUGAAAAUGCACUGUAUUUCCUGUGAUAUUUAUUGGAAUCACUCUAUAAGGUACUAUAUUAUGUGUGUAAUUAUAACUAUUUUUAUUUGAGAUGGAAGAGUCUUUAACCUUUGUAAUUACUGCAUAAUAAAUUUUGUUAGAACAAACAA